UCCGACGGGGGCUCGCAAUGGCGUGACUUGACGAGGGGAUCCAGACUCGGAGAGCAGCACGAAGCCAAGGUGAAGGGAUCACGGCAAGCUCGAGACCGGUUGUGAGGGAGACUGAGACGGGUGGCGGGAGCGACAUUAUGCGAUGGCACCAGUCGAGGCUAAGGUUAAGCUUAAUCCAGUAAAUUGGUGCCUGAAUUGCGGGCCAGCAGCUCGAGGCCAACCAAGCUUUGGCUAGGGGCGUUCAUUUUGGGGAGUGGGGACGAGACGAGCAUGAAGAUGCUGGACCCCUUGAGACAAUUGGUGUUGAGGUCUGGAGCGAAGGCGCACAGACGAGGCAGGAGGCGCUUCAGGCUGGCCCGUGACUCGGCUGGUCGACGAAUGGGCGCGCAGGAUCCGGCUCAACUGCCGAGCCGCCCGCACAGGCUCGGUUUCACCAGGGCUUGCUCCCGCCUUGAGCCUCGUCGCAGCACUCCCAAUUCACUCUCUGGCUUUUCUACCACACGCGAACCCCUCGUGACCGGAGAUAUUCGCAGACAGUCCGCAUCGCAGCCCUCAAGAACUCGCGCCCGUGGCCGUGUCUUGUGUCUUGCGUCUGUCACGCCGCUCGAGGCCGGCGUGUCGCCCACUGCUGGCGUACACAGUACCUCUUACAGCGACCCACACGAGACUGUCGCAGCCGGAGGCCCAAGCGGAGGCCCAAAGGGAUCGUCCAGCACGUCACCCGUCGUCGCACCGCCCAGGCCCAAUGGCGGUGCGCGGAGAGACGUUUUUCCGGUCCGCCGAAGUUACGGUGAGCAGGUGACGCGCGACAUGGUGUUGUGCUCGCAGUCCUUCGCGACCCAGGGGCAAAUGAGCGUCGCGACCCUUCGUCCUCUAUCAUCCCGUCCCAAUGGGGGCGCAGGCCUUGAAGUAGGUCCCUCCUGCGCUUCCUUGCGCACAGCCGGUGUCCUGGCGCACAGCCGGUGUCCUGCAGCACAGCGACAGCGGCGCCGCGAAUGAGGGCCCCGCCGGACGACGCCUGGUCUUUUCGGGACGGCUCGCGCGCUGGAUAUAAGAUCGCCGCGAUGAUCUGGCACCACUGGAGCGC